AUGGCAACUAAUACCAUUCCCAAGACGAUGCUAGCAUGGCAGAAGCAUUUUGGGAGUUCCGUACCAGUACCGAUCCGGACUCGCGUUGAAGUCGAUGUUCCUCAAGCGCCUGAGGAUGGGUUACUAGUGAAGAUACUUGCAGUUGGAGUAUGCCAUAGUGAUAUCUCUCUGUUAGAGAUGGAGCCACAACCACCCAAUUUCUCGGAUAAGUAUACCCUGGGCCAUGAAGGUUGUGGCGAAGUCGUCUCCGUUGGUUCCACCGCCAGCAAAUUCGUACCAGGUGAUAUAGUCGCCAUCUUGGCGAUCCCAGGAUGUGGGAAGGACACCUGCCCGGAAUGCAGCCGAGGUCUUGAACCGCUUUGCCAGAUUGGCGAACGCUAUGGGAUCGGAUAUGAUGGCUCAUUUGCUCCAUAUGUUGCUAUUAGAGAACGAGCCGCAGUUAAACUACCUGCCGGGCUGAGUCCCGCACUCGGGGCUGUUGUACCUGACGCUGUAAUGACUGCAUACAGCGCCACUGUUGAAAGAGCCAAGAUUACGAAAUCAGAUACUGUGUUGCUAAUCGGACUUGGUGGGCUCGGAUUCAAUGCGCUACAGAUUGUACUCGGUAUUGGUGCAAGGGUCAUUGUGGCGGAUACUCGACAAGAAGUGCUCGAUGAGGCGGUUAAGUUUGGCGUCAAGGCCGAAGAUGUAGUUCCGUCAGGAACUAGUGCGGCUGAAUUUGUCGCGAAGAACCAGCUGGUUAUCGACAAAACCGUGGACUUUGUUGGUACUUCAGACACCUUUAAAGCGGCUAUUGAACUUGUAAGGAUAGGGGGAACUGUGGUGGUGGUUGGUCUUAUAAACCCUGAUAUUUCGUUUGAUUCACGUCCUGCGAUACUAAAAGCAAUCAACGUUCUUUUCACCUUCGGGGGAUCAUACGCAAGUCUCGAGGCCGCUUUAGACCUUGUCGCAAAGGGGAUUGUUAAACCGCAGGUCGUAACUAGAGGCCUGCAUGAACUUCCUCAAGCUUUAGAGGAUUUACAUCACGGGAAAGUAAAAAGUAGAGUGGUUCUUGUGCCCGAGACUCUGGCGUAA